CCAACGGCAGCGUCCCUAUUCUAGCGGGAUUGCCAUGGCAAACCAUCCAUGCUUUCCCGAAAAGGGCGUUGCCUUGUGUGAGGUUGGGGGCCGGCUUCGAGGGGGGGGUAUGAUUUCCUUUACUUGCCCAUUGACCCGGAGACCAACGCCAACCGUGGAUAUGCGUUCAUCAACUUCAUCAACCCCAGCUAUGCAUGGCUCAUGCGCAAGAUGUAUGAGGGCAAGAAGAUGGGGAAAUUUAAUUCGGAGAAGGUUGUGUCAGUUGUCCCUGCUGCUUUGCAAGGAUUUGAGGACUUGUGUCAGCGUGUAUGAUGGCUCCGCGACUUCUCAGGCCAAUUAUGCUCACUAUUCGGCUGCAAGGGUGAUGCGGGGGCCCCCACAAACACGGCCGCUCUUCCUACGGGAGUGUGGAAAGGUCAAGGCGGAGCGGCGACGCGGGGGACGACGAGCGCAGGGCAGCCUCAUUGACGUGGCAGUUCGAGAGAAGGGGGAGGUCGGCUGUGAGAUCUGCAAGGCAAAUUUCCGGAGCUUGGGGCGACACAGGUCGGUCGGGCGCUCUGGGCGGACUCCGAAUCCUCGAACUUCUGCCAAAACUGUGGCGGAAAGGUGCAGCCAAGGUUCCGUUUCUGUCAAUUCUGCGGUGGCUCUUUGCACCAAGAGGUCUGGGGUGGAUAGCGAGAGGUGAAAGGCUCGCUGAAAGGCGACCCCCAAAGGGGGUUUGCGCCAAUUUUUGGCAGACGCUGAAGCUGCACCAAAGAACUUGCUCCUUCAUCUCUACAAUAGGCUGUGGAGGAGCAUGGCGCAUCGCUUUGGUGCGGCUGUGGCCAUGCUUAUCUGUAUCAAAACUUGAAGGUUGUGAUUUUUCGCCGACAGUGACACGGUUUAAACGUGUGUCACCACGUCCCAUUUUGAAGCGCCCGGGGGCCGGCUAGGUCCUAGGUCCGGUGGCUUAUGCCCAGACACAGUACUUGCAUGUGAAAAAG